AAUUUUUAAUACAUGAAAUUAUAUCACACAGUUUUCCAUCUGCUUUUCAAACGUUUUCCACGGACGGCUUUCCGUAGCUAUACCCUCAUCCUCAUUUUAAAGCCGUACUUUUCCUGCUGUGGAUGAAAACUCAGGUAUUUGUUACUAACCUGCUACUGUUGGAUAUUUGGGUGAUCUAGAACGGAGAUAAAUAUUUUUAAAGUGUUUUUGGGAUGUGAAAUCUAAUGCUCAGGCAUCAGACACCAGUGUACAAUCAAGAGCCCAUCUCAGAAGGAACACAAGGUCCCCACGUCCCGGAAUUAGCCCAAAAAAAACCAAAAUAAUAAAAGGACCUUCAUUCCUAGCUGAACUUUUCACGGUUACCUUGUAUUCUACAGAAUAUUCAAGGAGAGGUGGAGCUGCCAGGAGCAAGGCACAGGCUCUCACCCAGCCCCCCGGACAGAGCUGGAACCUGAGCCCAGGGCACGCUCCCAGCCUGCAGAUGGAGAUGCCGCCUCAUUAUUCUCUCUAAAUCUAAACUUUAUGAUCAGCCCCUCUCCUACCUGAGGGGGUCCUAGACAACCCAUCUCCCCACUCCUCUAGAGCUGUUGGGGUGUGAGGUCUCAGGCAAGGCCCAACGAACAUUCUGGGGCGGGGGAGGAAAGGGAGAGUGGGCUCUGGUCACUGAAGUGUUGCCCACACACGUGGCUUCCAAGAUGGCCAUGACCUGGUUCCCUCCACGCCACCCCCAGGCCACAGAGCUCUUUGCCAAGGCUGCCUGUGGCCACCACAUUCCUGAGCCCUGCCGCCCUGGGGUCCACAAACUUCUCUUCUAAGGAAAAGAUUCCAUGGGGGUGGAGGGAUUCUUCAACUUUCCUGCUUCCUCCUGCCCAAAUCCUCAGGCCCAGGCUUUACGGGAGCCUUCGGGCAGGCAGGAAGGGGUCUUGCAGGUGACUUCAGUUUCCACCACGGACCCCUGCAGACCAGAAGGACACAGUUGCCUCUACUUGAAUAGAGAAGGGAAGGAAAUUCAGAGAGAAAACAAAGAAUAUCCAAGCCCUGCUACGGUCUCUCCUCGACAAGCUGAGGUCCUCAAAAUGAAACUUUUUUUCCUAUCCAGGUCCCCACCCUGUCCCCACACACCCAGCAAAAAAUAGAGUGGGCUCCACACUUCUCCCCCAGUGUGGAUUUCCUGGAGUCACACAGGUGAUGCAGCUGCUCCUGCCUCUCUGGGUUUCAUGUCCGCGGGGCCCCUGGGGGUGGGAGCUGAGUCUGUGCUGUGAACACCCCACUGUCCCCCCAAGUGGGUACCCUCCUGAGAGGCCCUCUCCUCAGCACAGGCUCCACACAGUGCAGAACUCCUGGGGCACUGCAGAUCAGAGAAUGGAGUGGGACUUCCUGGCAAGGCCUCCUUUUUCUCUCCUCCCCAGCCUCGUCCCCUUCCUCACGGGCCUGCAGCCCCAAGGAUCAUCUUCCAGCCACUGGCCCCACUGCACCCACUGCAGCCUAGAUGGCCCCUUCUCCAGCUUCGGGUCACCCUGGAGUGCCUCUCCACAGAGGGUCUGUCCUUGGCCAGGCUGAAAGGUGACCCUCGGGUCCUGUCCAUCACCGCUUUGGAUGUCUGUCAGCAUUUAUCAACAAUCCCUCCUUACCUUGUCUGCAUUCCUCAAGUAGUUUACCUGCUAACUAGUUAACUGUCUUGCCAGUUAACCUCGUGAGGACUAGGGGUGGCCUGCCUGGUCCCACUGUGUUCCCAGCUUCCAGAGUGGCACUGCACAUAGUAGGCACUCAGUAAAUCAGUGAAAGGUGAGUGACUGGGUUGGAGGAAACCCCUCCCAAUUCAUGUCCAGUCUGAAGAUAAGAAAAACCUUCCUCCUCUAAAAACCUUGAGGUGCCUAAGGCUAUAGAAACCAAAGGCAAGGAAGUUUCUUCCGUCUGCCCUUUAUCCUGCAAAACAGCCUCCACUCCAGUGCCCGGGGAAGAAAGGGCACUAGAGAUGACUGAAUGGGAGCCAGGCAGGUGGGAGGGAGAAGGGAGAGGGAAAUUCAGGAGGAGAGAGUCCAGCGUGGCUCGCUCCAAGGCUGGCCCACCACGCCCCGACUGCAGGUGUGAUUGCCAGGGCCCCUGCGGCUCUGCUGGGUCCGGGUGAGAGCAGGCAGAGAGGUGCUGGCGUCAGCUCAAUUCACAGGCCCUGGACUCCUGUCUAAACAGGACAGGCCCAGGCAACCACAGGGCAGGGGCGUCUGCCAAUGAUGGGAGAGGACUCUGCUGCUUUUUAAGCUUCAGCGACUCAAGCCAGGGUGAGACAGCCUGCCGGCCACUCAGAUCUUCACUUGCCACCCUGGAGCUGGGACAGCAGCAGGGCUGCAGCAGAGGGAGGGAGACCACGCGGUGGCUGCCUCUGCCACUCCAGGCAUGGCCGACCAGCUGACUGAGGAGCAGAUCACAGAAUUCAAGGAGGCCUUCUCCCUAUUCGACAAGGAUGGGGACGGCUGCAUCACCACCCACGAGCUGGGCACGGUCAUGCGGUCCCUGGGCCAGAACCCCACAGAGGCUGAGCUGCAGGACAUGAUGAGAGAGAUUGACCAGGACGGCAACGGCACCGUGGACUUCCCCGAGUUCCUGGGCAUGAUGGCCAGGAAGAUGAGGGACAAGGACAGCGAGGAGGAGAUCCGCGAGGCCUUCCGCGUGUUUGACAAGGAUGGCAACGGCUUUGUCAGCACCUCCGAGCUGCGGCACAUCAUGACCCGGCUGGGGGAGAAGCUGAGUGACGAGGAGGUGGAGGAGAUGAUCCGGGCCGCAGACACGGACGGAGAUGGGCAGGUGAACUACGAGGAGUUUGUCCGCAUGCUGGUGUCCAAGUGAGGCCGGCCAGCAGGGCAAGAACCCCAGGCCUCCAGCCCCCUCCUCCACCCCCACCUCCCCCGGGCACCGUGGCUUCCUCCAGGGUGUGGUUGAUUCGGCCCACCUCUCUGCCUCCCUCUUCCUGAGUCUCUGCUCUGCUCUUCUGCCGACCUUCCCGCCUGCCCAUCUGAGUGACAUGGAACGCUCCCACACCAAGCAGACUGUGAGACCCUCCCCACUCAGGAGAAGCAGAGCUGACCUUAGGAACAAGCACCCGAGCAGGUUGUGCUGGCUCUGUGGCCACCAGGACAGACCCCCUAGAGUACCCAGGCAAGAUCCCUAAUAGGCACCCAAUGCCCAGGCCAGGGUGGGCUGCAGCCCUCAGCCCACGCCUGGAUUUCCCGAGGCUCCUGGACUGCAGGCUCCCUCUGCUGUGGGAUUCUGGAGGGUGGGGGGCAUCUUGGCCCGCAGUGAGUGGGGCUGAUGGGAACUCUGGCCACAGAGGUCAGGCCUCCUGAAAACAGCACUGCCUUCCAUGCUGCUCCAGCUUGCUCCAUUCUGUCUCUGACAACUCACGUGAUUCAUCUGCUGCUGCUGGGAGUGAAACCGGGUCAGCUGUAACCUCUUCCUAUUCAUCUGGAAGGAGGGAGGCUUGGGUGCAGGGCAGGGGAACUGCAGAGAAAUAAAUGAGAUAGUCGUUA